AUGAUUCCAACAGGUUCACGCCGUCUCCCUUCAGGUUUGUCUUUCAUCCACGCCCGGGAUAUCCGUUAUCGCGAUAUCGUCGUGGCCAAGGGCACGUACCCACUCCCUGUGAAGAAGAACCCCGUCCCAGGCUCCGACGUGGCGGGUGAGAUCCUCGCCGUCGGCGAAGAAGUCAAGGGCUGGAAGGUCGGCGAGCGCGUGUCGGUGAACUUCUCCCUCGACCAUAUUUUCGGGGACGCGAACGAUGAAACUAUAGCGUCGACGCUGGGUGCGCCGAUCGACGGUGUGCUGACCGAGUACAAGAUUUUCCCUGCGCACGCUCUUGUUCGCAUCCCCGAUUUCCUGAGCUACGAGGAAGCGUCGACACUUCCUUGCGCCGCAGUCACCGCCUACAACGGCCUCUUCGGCGGCAAGCCCACCUUGAAGGGUGGCGACACUGUCCUAAUCCAAGGGACCGGAGGUGUCUCGAUUUUCGGUCUGCAAAACGCCGUCGCUUCGGGUGCCACCGUCAUUGUCACGUCGUCCUCGGACAGGAAGCUCGAGGCGGCGAAGAAGCUCGGUGCCAAGUACUUGAUCAACUACAAGACGACGCCGAACUGGGAGGAGGAGGUUCUCAAGAUCACGAACGGCCGCGGCGUUGACCAUGUCCUCGAGGUUGGUAGCCCCGGUACGGUCGUCAAGUCCGCAAAGGCGGUGAGGUUUGGAGGCAAUGUGGCUCUCAUCGGCUUCGUGGCGGGGCUCGCGGACACCAACCAGCUGCCCUUGCUCGUCCACGGCAAGGGUUCCAACCUGCACGGUGUCAUCAUUGGUUCUCGUCAACAAUUUGAAGAUUUGAUCCGGUUGAUUGAGGCGGUGAAGCUGAAGCCUGUUGUGGACAAGGUCUUCGACUUUGAGCAUGUCCGAGAAGCGUAUGAGUAUCUGGAGAGCCAGCAGCAUGUCGGGAAGAUCGUCAUCAAGGUGUCUAAAGACCAGUAA